CCAAGUUACUCAACCCCAUUUGUAUUUUGUGAAAAGAAUAAUAAAAACUCUGCAAAACCUCAAUUCCUUAAUCCUGAAAAUCCCUGGUAAUGGCGAAACCUUUCUAAAGACGAACCGGCCUAUAAUUUCCAAUGACAAUCCCCACAAUUGCAUCCAAUUUCUCACUCAAGCCUUCUCUCUUUCCUCUCAAAGCUACUUCAAUUUCUCGUCUCUCAAUCCCGUCCCGUCACCAAUCCCUUCGCUCAUUUCCCUCAAGAAUUCCGGCCUUCACACCCAAGCCGGCCCUCAAUUUUCUUCUUCUCUCCGACAAAAGAUUGGGGUUUUCUCGCAAUGCAAAAUCCGAGUUUUACGUUAGUGCAAGGAAUGGAGGAGAAGAUGGCGGUGUUGACGAAGCUGAGAGAUUGGCAAGAGGAGAGAGUACAAUGCCCGAGAGGUUCAGAUACUUGACCAAAGAAGCUCCUGAUCCUCCCGUUAGGUGGCCUUUCUUUGUUGCACUAGCAUUCCUUCUGUAUGCAUGGAGGGCAGUUUUGUUUGAGCUAUCUAAAUGGAGACAGGCUGCAUUUGGUAUAGUUCGAUUUGUGACAUACCUCCUGAAACUUGCAGUCGCCUUUAUCUUCCAUUUCAUUGGAGAUCCAACCACUUCCUUAAUCAGAUGUAUAGAGACUGUGAUCUACAGUAUUAGAGCUUUCUACUCUGGGAUUGUAGCUUAUGCUCCUGUUAAUGAGCUGACUGUGAUCAUUGUGCUUGCAUCAGCAGUUCUUUCCAUUGCUGAGGCUACUGUUCCAAACUCCAUAAGCUGUCAACCAUAUAUGCUUACAAUAUCUGGUCUAAUUGGUUAUGCAGCUGUGAUUGGCUACAUUUCCGAGCCACUCUACUGGACUCUUCUAUUGGGGAUAUAUGGUUUCUCACGCUUGAUUAAAAAGCGUGAUGAUGUUACAUCAGCACUGCCAGUUGCAGCUGUAAUGGCUGCCAUUGGGGAGCCUUGGGUUAGGAUCCUGGUGAUAACUUCUUAUCUAGCUCUAGCUAUCUUUCACCAUUCAAAGAAGCUUUCCGAAGUUGAGGAGCCAAUUGAAGGUGUAGCCGCAGAGAGACGGCUCCCAAUGCCAUUAUUAGGUGCAGCCUUGGCCAUCGGUGUCCAUCUUGCUGCUAAGUGGGCUGGUAACCGGCAUUUGACAUGGAUGAUAGUAUGAGGUCGAAGAAUCUGUUUCACACAUUGUUUGUAAAGACAAAGUGAUCUUAUGUCAGUUUUAUAACGGAUGAUUUUACAUCCUGGUACUUUGUUGUCAUGGUUUUGGCCUUUUGAGUUGAGUAGCCUAUUUCCGCUCCGUUUUCGUUUUU